AUGGAAAAGUUAGAGAUAGCAGUACAAGAAUGUGUUGAUUUCAUAUUUCCGGUAAUUCAAAAUCUAGCGGCUACCACGGACGAACUGCUAGAGCAUCCUCUUCCGGAGGAUUCCUUCUCGGCAGAUCUGUUAGAAUUUCGAUGGCCAGCACUUCAAAAUGAUAGAAAUCAAAACAUCGAUACAGAUGCGAUUGUUGGCCUGGCUUUGAGAAGAGUUUUAAUCGAUUCAUCACCUUUAGAAGGAGAAAGUGAUCAGCCUUCAAAUAAAGACAGCCUUUACAAGAUUGCGGUUGUGCUUGACUUUUGUUACCAUUCCAGAAAAAAUCGCAAGAAUCCCUUGACGUGGUCGAUUGCAUUUUUUGCACUUUUCUCCUCCGUAAUAGAUUCUUUAAGUUGGCCAAGAGGUCUUCUGGAGUUUUGGCCAUAUGCGGAAUCGCGUAUAGAAUGGUUUAAAAUGUGCAAUAGUUUGGAUCCAUUAAGACCUGGAAGCUCUAAUUUGAUAAGUUACAAGCAGCCGUUGUACGAUAAGCUGCGUCAUUGGAAUGACCUCUUGAAAGCCGUUAAAAAUAAUUACUACUUGAACACGCCGGCUUGCUAUGAGAUGAAGUUCAAGUUCGAAAAAUUUCUAUCAGAAUUAUUGCCAUUGUAUGAGGAGUCCAAUUUUAAUAGAUCAGCUUUAUUCUCAAACAAGCAAAGUUCUGGGAACCCAUGGAAUAAAACCAUCUCCAGUUCUACAAGGACAGAAUCUUCAUCGGAGAAUAUUUUUGCAACGGACUACAAUUAUGUGUUCGACGAAUUACUGACAGCUCCACUCGAGUUUAUUUACAAACCUUUGGAAUUCAAGAUCGAUAUGGACAAGGUACUAACGCCAUUAUUAGAUGCCAUUUUCGAAGUCGAGGAAGACUUUUAUAGGGGUAUAAAGAAGUCUCAUAAGAUGGUUUCCAGUAUAAACGAAAAACUGAAUCACGCAUUCCCAGUAGACUUCGAAAUCCUUCAAACCAGAGUUCCUAACUAUAUGAAGAUAUCCAAGAGAAAUAAUGAGGAAAGGCAAAAAUAUUGGACAGAGUUCUUGAAUUUGAAUAAACUUUUGUCCUCAGCGGUUCAACCCACUUUGCUUGAUAUAUCCGUAUCGAAUCCAAGCGUAAUUUACGACCAAAUGCUGGAACUUGACAACGAUUACCACAGAAAACAGUUCAUACUGCAAAUUUGCUUUACUGCUAAUUUGAUCCGUCAAAUUAUUACUUCGCCAGAUGUCGAAAACUAUUAUAAAAAUUGUUAUCAAAAAGAGAGGCCUGCUCAAAGCAUAAAUUUUCAGUCGCUUAAUGAAUCUAAUCACAAGAAGACAUUGUCAUUAUGCGAUUAUUUAGUGAAUAAUCGCACUAAAAAAUUCUAUCAACAUAGAGAUCCUCAAUUUGUUCUCGUUAUAGAAAAGCUUUUAGAGUCAGAGGACUGUUUUUUGAAGGCAAAGGUAGAUGGCUUCAAGAGCUUUCAAAGUCUUAACAUUUCUGAUGAACAGGUUAAGCUAGACGAUACUGACUAUUCGUAUAAAAAAUUUGGGUUUAUUCUUCUGGGCAACAAGUCACUCAAUAAUGUUUGGAAAGUUAAAACUGGCCUUGAUGUGAUACCCGAAGCAUCGAAGAAUGCAAAGGAAAUUUUUGAGGACUUGAACAGCAAGAGAAACCAUGUGAAUAUGGAUCAAGAAGACCUUGAAGCCUCAGACGAUAGAAUCGUAAAGGACUGGCAGAUUUUGCGGUCUCUGAGAUCGCAGUAUCUUUUCAGCUUCAAUAAAAUUGAUGAGCAUUCUGGAUUAGAUGGUCUCUUUGAAAGUAGCCUAAGUGACUCCCGGCUUAGCGAGAGAAGAAAACUACUUGAAAGGCUGGUUGAGAAGGUCAAAGAGCCGCAUUUAUUGAAGCUCCAAUCUGCGCGUGAGUUCAUGACAGACAGGAAGAGCAAGAAAAGAUCUCUGGAAGAGGAAAAAGGAAAACGAAGGUGGUCAAGAAACUCAGACCAGGAGAAGAAGAAUCCGAUCAUGGAUCCUUUAAUGCUACAUCUCCAAUUGAAUUUCCCGUUACAGCGGAGUCCAAAGAGAACGAAACCACCUCAUCAUCACAAGUACAAAUUGAGGAAACAACUCAGACAGAUGAAAACACAGCAAAUAUUUCAACACCAGCUGCAGCGGACGCAGAGAAAACCACUAUUGGGCGAGAAAUUGCAGAAGGAAACAGUGCAGUCACCGAUCAGAAGAGUCAAAACUCAACAGAGACUACAGUUGGUAAUUCAAGUGAGCACUAUCAGCAGCAAACUCUGUUGA